CUAUAAAGUUUAGUGUCAUAUUUUCAGCUAAGGCCCGCCUUAUUUCUUUUUUAAAGCCAGAUCAUAAACAAUUGUUUUGUAAGAAGCCAACUGAUUUCCCCUUCAGCGUCUGUUCUCUGGGUAACAGUGCAUAUUCAUAGCAGCAGUGUGGAUGUGGUGGGAAGGCACUACAGAGACACCACUUACAGGCUGGAAACCCACAUCCUCAGUCACGCCGCUGAUGAUGACGCCUUCAGCGUGACGAAGCCUGAGUACUGUUCCACUAAGCAAAGUCACAGAGACACCACUGCAUCUGUACCUCACUUAACCCGUUCGAUGAAGUGAGAGAAUUUUGAAUUUAAAAAAAGUUGCUGUGUUUUCAGUCUAACCAGCGCCAUUCCCAUGGCUCCUAAACUCGUGCUCUUACUGUUGCUGUGGGUCCUCAGAUUGUUGAUUCAUGAAGUCGCCUCUUUAUGCAAUGUCACCUGCAUGCCAGACUACAACGGCUCACUGAACUGUUCCUGUUCGGGCUCAGUGUUGACGCAUCCUGUCCUACUGGAAGUCAACUGCAGUGAUGGAGAUGAAGAAGAGUUUCAUGACAGCUGUGAAGUCAAACCUCCUCAAUCCUGGUGCAUGAUAUAUCCAGCAGCCUUUAGAACAUACUGUACUGCAAGAAUUAGUCAAAACACUGAUCAAGUAAUAACAAAUGCAAGUGAAUCAUCCCCCCAGCCGCUGCAUGAUGUGGGUUCAUCUUUAUGCAAUGUUACCUGCACCACAGACUACAGCAGCUUACUGAAUUGUUCCUGUUCGGGUUCAGUGCUGACGCAUCCUGUCCGACUGGAAGUCAACUGCAGUGAUGGAGAUGAAGAAGAGCUUCAUGACAGCUGUGAAGUCAAACCACCUCAGUCCUGGUGCACAAUGUAUCCCGAAACACUUUAUGUUAUAGCAGCCAUUGGAACAAACUGUACUGCAAGAGUUAGUCAUCAGGCUGGUCAAGUAAUAAGGAAUGUGUUUGAGUCGUCCCCCUGGGCAGUGAGUGAUGUGGUGAAACCUCUGCCUCCUUUUGAUGUACAUGUGACAAACACAACUGGAUUUUACAACAUUACCUGGGAUGCAAACGACCAGGAAUACUGUCAAAGAUACCGGGUGCGAAUAAGGGAAAGCAAGCACUUGACCAAGGAUCCAGUUUAUUCCCUUUUUGUGGAACAAAAAUAUGUAGUGAUAGACACCAAGCAUCUGCAGCCACAGAUCAGAUAUACGGUGGAUGUUCAGGCCAAAGUGUGUGCUGAUGCCAUUUACAAAGGCCCCUGGAGUGAGUGGAGCUCCUCGUCAGAAUGGGAGUCCACAGGACCGUCCGUGCAGACCAAAGGUAUUGAUUCACGGUGGUGGUACAUCUCUCUAACCAUCGUUUUGGCCAUUGGUCUCCUGAUUCUGGGUUAUUCAAAAAAGCCGUUUUUGUUGAAAAAGUUCCACCAUAUAACAUACAUCCCCAGACCACAUGAUUUUUUCAAGACCCUCGACCAAAGCUACAGAGGGAACUUCAAGGACAGGGUGAGCCUUGUGCCCAGCGAGUAUGACGUCCUCAUGACCAUCACUCCUAUUGCUGUGCGGCCUGAGAAGCAGCAAGAUGUUCUUCAGUGGAGUGGAGACACACAAAGCUGCAGCAAAAGUGAGGAGAUGGAACCAUGCGGCUGUUUCCUCUGUAACCUGCAGCCUCACUGCCAUUCACUCCUGCACCACCCGGAGGGUGACAGCUUGCACAGCAACGGGCACUCCACCGGCCACAUCUCUAUCCACACUGUGACCCUGUCAGGAGAAGAGCUUGAGGAGGAAGCCACCUCACACAGCUCUAUGAACACCCUGAGGAGGUCCAUAGGGGAAGAGAGCUUCAGCUCUUAUGCAGGAGACAACAGGCAGGAAGCUGGCUAUGAUUUAGGAGAACCUCAAAUGUUCCAGUUCCACAGACAAAGUGGGAUUUUGCAAGAGGAUGAAAUAUCCAAUGACUUAUCAGCAGAAAAUGUCAUCCUUCAUCCAGAGGUGCAGUUUAAUGAACCAGAGCGGGUGUCACUUGACUCCUUUGUGUCAAACGAGCAAUCAGAAGAUGGAUACCCUCGUGUGGACUUGGACACCAUUGACAGUGGGUUUGGGGAGUGCGGCAGCCCCGUGCCCUCAGACUCACACAUGGCAGAGCAGACAGACUCGCACUUACUCCAUGAGCACAAAAAUAUUCAUUCUAACUAUGUCAAGCAGUGGAUGAUAUGCAGCACUCUUCAAGUAGACUCCAGCAACUUGGAGAACCAAGUCCACACGACACAGUGAGUCUCAUCAAAUGAGACCCACUAGUGAUUCCCAUAUCGGACACUAAUUGAAACAUUAGUGCACUGUAAAAACAAACAAAUAAAAAAACUUGAGUUUGCUAGUAUUACUGGGGAAAAAAAAAAAUCACUUGAUCAUGUAAACUUAACGAGGUUCUUUGCUCCAGCAAACUGUAUUGAGGUGGGGGAGGUGAUGGUCUAGUGGUUAAGGCAUUGGCCUUGAG